GGCUGGAGCUUCUGGCGUUCUCCUCUUGGCAGCCAUGUUAGCUGCUCUCGGUUUUGUUUGUCGGGUCGGGCCCCGGAGUGUUGGGUCGAGAUUGAGGUGAGGAGACCAGAGAAGGCGCGAGAGGAGUCGUGGUCCCCGCCGCACAGACACGGGUCUAAGACUCGGCCGCCCGGGUGACCCCGCGCAAGGGCCGGGACAGGGACCGUCGCGUCCGGAGCCCCCUACUCUCGCCACUCUCGCCACUCCAUCCCCGCUCCGCCCACUGAGUCCGAUGGCGGCGGCCGCGCUGAAGCUCCCGGCUCAGGGCAGGGUGACCUUUGACGAUGUGGCUGUUUACUUCUCCUUGGAGGAAUGGGAUCUCCUUGAUGAGGCUCAGAGACACCUGUACCAUGAUGUGAUGCUGGAGAACUUGGCACUUAUAACCUCCUUGGGUAGUUGGCAUGGAGCCCGGGAUGAGGAGACAACUUCUGAGCAGACCAUUCCUGUGCAAGGAGUGUCACAGGUCAGGACUCCCAAGGCAGGUGUGUCUCCCCAGAAGGCCCAUCCUUGUGAGAUGUGUGGUGCAGAGCUGAGAGAUAUUUUGCACUUGACUGAGCACCAGGGAAUAUGUCAUGGGCAGAAACUGUACAGGAUCGGGGCAUGUGAGAAACAGUUGUAUUUCAGUGUAGAACUUGAGCAUCAGAAGCAGCACAUUGGAGAGAAAUGCUUCAGAAGCAACAUGGGCACAGUCUCACUUGUGAAGGAUUGUAAAUUCUGUGUGUCAGGAAAGCCCUUUUCCUGUGGGGAGGUUGUGAGAGACUUCUUGACCAGCUCAGCAUUUCUCCAGCAUCAGGCCACACAUUCCAGGGAGAAGCCAAAUAAGAGAAGUGAGUGUGGGACAGCCUUUCACAGGGGAAAAACUCUUUACAACGCUGGAGAAUGCACAAAAGACUUCGAUUGUAAACACACACUUGUUCAGCAUCAAAGAGCCUUCACUAGAGAAAGACGUUACAUGUGCAGUGAAUGUGGAAAAUCUUAUAGCAAAAGCUACAGCCUCAGUGACCAUUGGAGAGUUCACACUGGGGAAAAGCCUUAUGAGUGUGGGGAAUGUGGGAAGUCCUUUAGGCAGAGCUCUAGCCUCAUUCAACACCGGAAAGUUCACACUGGAGCAAGGCCUCACAAGUGUGACGAAUGUGGAAAAUUAUUUAGCAACAAGUCCAACCUCAUUAAACAUCGGAGAAUUCACACUGGAGAAAGGCCUUAUGAGUGUAAUGAAUGUGGGAAAUCCUUUAGUGAAAGCUCUGCGCUCCUUCAACACCGGAGUGUUCACACUGGAGAAAGACCUUAUGAAUGCAAUGAAUGUGGGAAAUUCUUUACUUACAGCUCCAGUCUCAUAAAACACCAGAGAGUCCACUCUGGAUCAAGGCCCUAUGUGUGCAGUGAAUGUGGAAAAUCCUUUACUCAGAAGUCCAGCCUCAUUGAACACCGCAGAGUUCAUAGUGGAGAAAGGCCCUAUAAGUGCAGCGAAUGUGGGAAAUCUUUUAGCCAAAGCUCUGCGCUUCUUCAGCAUCGGAGAGUUCAUACUGGAGAAAGGCCUUAUGAGUGCAGUGAAUGUGGGAAAUUCUUUACCUACCGCUCCAGUCUCUUAAAACACCAGAGAGUUCACACUGGAUCAAGGCCUUACGAGUGUAGUGAAUGUGGGAAAUCUUUUACUCAAAACUCCAGCCUCAUUAAACACAGGAGAAUUCACACUGGAGAAAGGCCUUAUGAGUGCAAUGAAUGUGGGAAAUCUUUUAGCCACAGCUCUAGCCUCAUUAAACACCGGAGGGUUCACACUGCAUAAAAAGACCUUGAGUGCAGUGAAUUUGGGAGAUUAUUUAGUUAUAGUUCCAACAUUAGCUACCACUAGAGUGUUCACACUGGAGGAAGGCUUUAUGAGUAUUGGAAUGUGAAAGUUAUUUACCUUCAACUCCAAGCUCUUAAAACACCAUAAUGUCACAUUGGUUGAAGGCCUUAUGAGUGUAGCAAAUGUAGGAAAUAGUUUACUAAAAUCUAGCAUAAUUACACUCCAGAGAAAUCACAGUAGAGAAAGGCUUUAUAAGUGCAGCGCAUGUGAGAGGGCCUGCAGCCGAAGGAUUUAUGGAUACCACAGAUUUCAAAUGGGAGAACUGCCUUAACUGCGCAGGUAUGUACUAUUCUUUGUUCAGUGCGAGAGCACUGGGGGAGAUCCCUUAUGAAGGUGCCAUCUGCCUGUGUUGAACCUCACACAUCUGAACACCCACAUAAAUUCCAGGUAUGUGGGUACUGCAUUGCACUUCUUAACCUUCCCAGAGCCAUUGCCAGAUUUAUGUCACUGCCAGUUCUAUAGCAGAAGCCAUUUCAAGUCUGCCUCCUGGCAGUGCGACAUUUGUCCAUCCCAGAAUGUUCAGGGAAGUGACCCCUGUGCUCUCCCAUUUGUGGGACUAUAUAUGAGUAGUCUGAGCACUGACUCUUUCCCAUUGUUUUCCUCUGAUGAGUUAGGGCAUGGACCUUACCUGUUUGGGCCUAGAGGACUCAGGAAAGAUGGACUACAUUUUUCAGGGAUAUUAUUGGUCUCCUGUGAUGGCAUUUUCCAGCAUCCAAGUCACCAACCCAGGAACUGUGUCUACCAUUUGUCUUGUUUGUACAACAAUAAAGGUCUUAUUAUUUAAGCCACCAUUAAUUCUGGGGGUCUGUUCACUGUAUCAGAUGGUUUGAAAUUAACUGGGUUUGCUAGCAUGAGGGAGUGAACAGCGUUGGUUGGGAUCCCAGACUCUGUGCCACAGAGGGGACAGUAUGAUGGCACAAUAUAUCUCUCCAGUUUUGGCCUAGUUUGCAUUGCUGCUCAGAGCCUUUAUGGAAAGAUCCCAUAUGAAAAGUUUUGUAGUCCUAAUUUGAUAUUUUGUACACCCAGAGUUAACCUGAGGAGGGGGGUCACUGUGACAAGCUUCAGUCCUUCUGAGAGCAACAUAUACUUGUUCUCUUGUUCACAGGGGAUAUUCCAUUGUGCUCAGGGCUAGUGAGGGAACGUCUGUCACCCAGGUCCUGCAGAGGAGCCAUGGACCCUGAUGUCCUGAAUUCUGUAGGGUAAUGUCACUGGUGUUAACAUUAUAGAGGCCAGGGGAAUGGUCAUUGUUACAGAAGCUCUGGAUUAAUAGAGAGUGGAGGAGACCGCACAAACUGGAUAGAAUGCACCUGUGAGUUCUUUUGGAGUGUUAUUUUUAAAGUUUCUAAGCUUAGCAAGUUUUGUUUUCUUGGUAGUUUAAAGUUUUAUUUCCUUAUUUAAAAAAAAUUGGAAGCACGUCAGGAUUUUUCUUCCAUAUUCACCACAAGAACCAGGAGGGAAAACUCCACAAAAGUGGGGGCUCUCCCCAUAUCUGGGUUCCCCUGGAGUUUUUAUCUCAGACUUGUCCCCUCUGAGCCUCAGCACUUGUCAAUUACAGCUCAGUUUUCCCAGCCCAGGUGCUGCUUCCCAAGGGGGUUUCAGCUUGGGCGAUCCUGCUUCAGUAAGUAGUGGUUCUCUGUAUUUGACUGUUGGGAUCCUCAAUUUGGGGACACUGGUUUGCCCUGUGACUGUACUUCUUUUAGGCAACUAACAAGUUUAUUUUUUCAGUUUGUUCAGCUUUCUGCUUGUCAGGGUAGAGUGACAACUUCCAGCUUUGUACCUGCUGGACUGGGAACCAGAAGUACCCUCCUGCCGUUUUUAUUUCAUCCUUCUCAACAAAUAAAAUGACUGG